AUGAAGUACGUAGCAGCGUAUGUGCUCUGUCAAAUGGGUGGUAGUCAGUCGCCGACAGCCAAGGACAUCGAAAGGGUAAUUAAAGCUGGUCUGGCGAAGAUAUCGUCGGUGCCUUCCGGAGGUGCAGCACCGUCAGCCGCAGCUGCUGCAACUCCUGCUGCUGAAGCUCCUGCACAAGAAACCAAAAAAGGUACUUUUUAA